CACCAUGUUCAGCUGGCUGAAGAAGCAGGAGAAGGGCCCCGAGGCCGUGCGCACGGUCACCGAGAGCCUCAAGGAGCUCUACAAGACCAAGCUGCUCCCGCUCGAGGAGCUCUGCGGCUUCCACGACUUCCACUCGCCGCCGCUGGAAGACGCCGACUUCGACUCCAAGCCCAUGGUCCUGGUGGCCGGGCAGUAUUCCACCGGGAAAACCACCUUCAUCCGCUACCUGCUGGAGCAGGACGUGCCCGGGAGCCGCGUGGGGCCCGAACCCACCACCGACUGCUUCGUGGCCGUAAUGCACGGCGCCAGCGCGGGCACCACUCCCAUGUCCUGCCGGCUCCAGAGGAGCACCCGGCCCCAUCUCCAGAUGUGCCACCAUCUCCCCCCCCGUUCCAGCUGUGCCCCGUGCAGGGACCCGGGGGGGAUCCCCGGGGCCCCCCGCUCAGGCCCCGCCGUCCCCGCAGGCUACGACUUCGCGGCCGUGCUGCAGUGGUUCGCGGAGCGCGUGGACCUCAUCGUCCUGCUCUUCGACGCGCACAAGCUGGAGAUCUCGGACGAGUUCUCCGAGGCCAUCCGGGCGCUGCGGGGCAACGAGGACAAGAUCCGCGUGGUGCUCAACAAGGCCGACACGGUGGAGACGCAGCAGCUCAUGCGGGUGUACGGGGCGCUCAUGUGGUCGCUGGGGAAGGUGUUCGGCACCCCCGAGGUGCUGCGCGUCUUCAUCGGCUCCUUCUGGGCCGAACCGCUGCUCGUGGCCGACAACCGGCGCCUCUUCGAGCUGGAGGAGCAGGAUUUGUUCCGCGACAUCCAGAACCUGCCCCGCAACUCGGCCCUGCGCAAGCUCAACGACCUGGUCAAGAGGGCGCGACUGGUCCGGGUGCACGCGCACAUCAUGGGGCUGCUCAAGAAGGAGAUGCCGGCCGUGUUCGGCAAGGGCAGCAAGAAGAAGCAGCUCAUCGCCAAACUGCCGCUGCUCUUCGCCCGCAUCCAGAUGGAGCAGCACAUCCCGCCCGGAGACUUCCCGGACUGCGCCCGCAUGCAGGUGGGCACGGGGAUCCCGCUUCGCACACCGAAAAACGCGCUUUCUGCGCCCAGAAAUCCUGCUUUCCGCACCCAGAAAACCCGCUUUGCGCACGGGAAAUGCUCUUUCCGCACCUGGAAAAGCCGCUUGCUGCGCCCGGAUAACCGGUUCCCACCUGCUUCCUUGCACCACGGCAUCCCAGAACCAGCUUUUUUGCACCCGGAUAACCGGCUUUAA